AUGGCGACAAAGCUGUUCCUCGCGUGCAUGGUUCUGCUCAGCGUAGCAGUGGCCGCGGUGGCGGCGAGGCCGGCGACGACGACCGCCGACGUCGACGCGCCGACGGGAAACUGCGACCAGGACCUGCAGAACCUGAUCGCCAACUGCCAGGACUACGUCAAGUUCCCGGCCGACCCCAAGAUCCCGCCGUCGUCGGCCUGCUGCGGCGUGAUCCAGAGGGCCAACAUACCGUGCCUCUGCUCCAAGGUCACCCCGACCGUGGAGACACUCAUCUGCAUGGACAAGGUCGUCUACGUCGCCAGCUACUGCAAGAGGCCCCUCCGCCCAGGCUCCAACUGUGGAAGCUAUCACGUUCCUGGUGGCUCGCUCCCUUGA